CGCGGAACCUCCGUGCACGGCGUGAGGAGCCGGGCGGGCCGGACAGUGCGGCGGCACGAUGAGCACGAAGCAGGUGACGUGCAGGUAUUUCUUGCAGGGCGUGUGUCGGGAGGGCAGCAAGUGCCUGUUCUCCCAUGACCUGGCCACCAGCAAAUCCUCCACCAUCUGCAAGUACUACCAGAAGGGGCAGUGUGCCUACGGCUCCCGCUGCAGGUAUGACCACGUGAAGCUGCCCCCGGGCGGAGCCGCGGCCCCGCCGCCCCCCGCGGCCCCGAGCAGCCCCCGGGCGCCCCCCGAGCCCGGCGCCGGCGCCCCCCGCAGCCGGAGGGAGAAGAGGACGCUGGUGCUGCGGGACAGGAAGCUGUGCGGCUCCAGCGAGGAGCAGGCGCUGGCCGGGGCGGUGCCGUGCUGCGCCGAGCCCGGCGGUGCCGAGGAGGAGGAGGAGGAGGCGCCCAAGCCGCACUCGUACCUGGAGGCCAUCUGCAGCGGGCUGGAGGAGGCGGCGCCCGGCGGCUGCCCCGGCGCCCCGGCCCAGCAGCUGUGUCCCUACGCCGCCGCCGGCGCCUGCCACUUCGGGGAGCGCUGCCUCUACCUGCACGGGCAGCUCUGCGAGAUCUGCGGCCUCCAGGUGCUGCACCCCUUCGACCCGGAGCAGAGGAAAGCCCACGAGAUGAUGUGCAUGGCAACCUUUGAGCACGACAUGGAGAGGGCCUUUGCCAUCCAGGCCAGCCAGGACAAGGUGUGCAGCAUCUGCAUGGAGGUGGUUUACGAGAAAGCCUCAGCCUCAGAGAGGAGGUUUGGGAUCCUGUCCAACUGCACCCACACCUACUGCCUGUCCUGCAUCCGCCAGUGGAGGUGUGCCAAGCAGUUUGAGAACCCCAUCAUCAAGUCCUGCCCCGAGUGCCGCGUCAUCUCCGAGUUUGUCAUCCCCAGCGUGUACUGGGUGGAGGAGCAGGAGAAGAAGAAUGAGCUGAUUGAAGCAUUCAAGCAGGGAGUGGGGAAAAAGCCCUGCAAGUACUUUGAGCAGGGCAAAGGCACGUGUCCCUUUGGGGGGAAGUGUCUGUACCUGCACGCCUACCCCGACGGCACCCGCGCCGAGCCCGAGAAACCCAGGAAGCAGCUGAGCUCCGAGGGCACUGUCAGGUUCUUCAAUUCCGUGCGCCUGUGGGAUUUCAUCGAGGACAGGGAGAGCCGGAGCGCGCCCGGCGCCGACGCCGAGGUGACGGAGCUGGGGGAGCUCUUCAUGCACCUCUCUGGGGCUGAGGAGGAGCCCAGCGAGCCCCCAGAGCCCCUCUGAGCCCCCCCAGCUGCCUGCCUGCCUGCCAGGCUUUUAUCUCCCCAGCACAGGCACAACUCCCCAGGGUGAGGUGACACUUGGCACGGGGCAGUCAGAGCACCAGAACAUCAUCACCUGUCCUCAGAGCCCC